CAGAACAUGUGAUUUGUGUUUAAAAGUUAUGAAAACAUAAAUUUGUGUUACAAUUGGAUUGAGUGGACAAUGAGUGGUAAAGAGGAUCCCAAGACUAAUGAUGUCUACUCCGGGUUCAUGCGAAGGGCUGAGCAGAUGAACAGAGACAGAGUGACCAAGAUGGUCAAGACUAAUCGCUUGAAUAAGACAUUGGGUUUAAUGUUGACCACUUUUGUGGGAUCAGUUUACUUAUACUCAAUGUUUGCCGUCAAACAGGAGAAGUUCUUGGAUGAGAUCAUAGACAUCGAUGACUCAAAACAAGUCAAUUCGUGAAUCAAUCAAAUGUGGC